CAGGUUGAACAUAAAUACAUUCCUGUUACCAUGUCUCCUGGUUUCCAGUGAAUUAGUUGGACAUGAACAUGGGUAGAGCUCGAUUUCACGACUAGAUCACUGACGGCCUAGCUCCGAUCCCAAUACACUAGUCUUUCCACAUCCACUAGAACGACCGGGUAUGGUUCAGAAAGUGCUAUGACAGUGGCUGAUGUAAAAUGAUAAUAUAGAUCAUUGGUCUUCAGUCUGACUUGAAAAUUGUGAGUAAUGCUGCAGGUUUCAUUCCAAUGAAGAUGCAAGAUCACCUUACUUUACCUGAGUACUCAAUUUGUCUGCAUUCUCAAGCAAGAAUUAGUUGCAGAUUAUGCUUCUCCAGAGCCAAAAAAUAAUAAUAAUUGGAAAUUUUGAAAGAAAACUCUACAUGACCUGAAGCUAUUAAGAUCAGAUAUUCAUACAGAGACUGUUUACCUUGGCUUAACUCCUAAUUUCAUCAAAUUUACAAGUCACUCCCUAAGACUAGAGCCUGACAAAUAGAUCUAUAAGAAGUCAUUGAGAGCUACAGCCGAUCCCUUACUCCUGAAUAUCCAAACAAAUCCCUGACUCCUGUUCUGCUUCAGCAAGGCAUUAAAAUGAGUUUUGAGUCCAGAGGAUACUCCCUUUAGUUCCACAAAUUAGACAGUAGACACUAACACCUAGAGUUAAUCCCUGAAAACCACACCAAGUUGGUUCUGUGUGUAUAAAAAGCCUGGAGUGUAAGUUGGCAGUCACUGAGCUAUGGUGAAGGAGCAUCCAGAUCAUCUCCCAACACUGAAGCAUCAUGGAGUCCAGAGCAUCUCUCUCCAUUCUAGCCUUGCUGAUUGGCUUCACACAAGCCAUCUAUCUCAACCAACCUGAACACGUGGACAUUACAUCAAGGAUUCUCACCAUCAACAACGGAUCCAGCAAAGAGUUGUUGGAGGGAGACAUACUCUUGCCCAGAAGCAGGAAUGCUCUGGACUGCAGUGACAACAGCUGCUUUUGGAAGAAGUCCUCAAAUGGCCUAGUGCAGGUGCCUUACAUAUUGAGCAAGGUUUUCUCUUCCUCUGACAGGACUGUUAUUACCAAUGCCAUGGCUUCCUUCCACAACAAAACCUGCGUCCGUUUCGUUCCCAGGAUAAAUCAAACUGAUUACCUCAGCAUAGAGAGUCAAGAUGGAUGCUACUCUUAUAUAGGCAAAGCAGGUGGUGCUCAGGUGGUUUCUCUCGACAGGUCGGGUUGUGUUUACUACGGCAUCGCCGAGCACGAGCUAAACCAUGCACUUGGUUUCUACCACGAGCAUUGUAGGAGUGAUCGCGACAGGUACGUGACCAUCAACUGGGAAAACAUCGAUCCAUCCUCACAGUCUAGUUUUAAGCUGAGGAACACCAACAACCUUAACACGACGUACGACUACUCUUCUGUGAUGCACUAUGGAAGAACAUUUUUCUCCAUCAACGGUCUGGACACCAUCACUCCCAUUCCCGAUCCCUCAGUGGAGAUCGGACAGAGAAACGAACUGUCUGCCAUCGACAUCCGGAGGAUCAACAAGCUCUACAAAUGCUGAAAUUCUUCAGAAAUGUUGACUUGAUUAAACUUUGCUGUAACAUUGUGUAACUGCCAAAGAUAGACGACCCAGUAAUGACGUCAUUGCUGUGCUAACAAAAUAUGGAAUCCUACAAUAAAAUGGC